AUGGGGUUUGCCAUUAACAUCGGCCACAGCUGGGACAGUGUGGCUCUGCACUUCAACCCGCGCUUUGACGAACAGACCAUCGUGUGCAACUCCUACGAGGAAGGCUCCUGGCAGAGUGAGCAGAGGGAAAGUUCUCUCCCCUUCCGUGUCCAAGAGGAGUUCAAGGUCACUAUGGAAUUCAAUGACAAGGAGUUCCAUAUCAAGCUUCCAAGUGGCCAAAAGAUACAAUUCCCUAACCGCUUUGGUGAUAAGGAGUUCAAGAACGUCCAUGUCACUGGAGAUGUCAAGAUUAAAGACAUCAAGACCAUUGAGGAGAUCCACCACAUGCGCCAAACAUAGGCCAUUGUUAUAAGCUUGUCCUUAGUGCU